GCCUCUCGACAGUGGUUAAAGAUCAGACAAGAUGGGUCCUCAACAAGGAUCGACUCCAGGCGUCGAAAUUGAAGCAAGGGGAAGAAGAAAAGGUCUGAAAAGCACGAACUCCUCCUCGAGUUCCGCCGACAUUGAUCAGCCAAUGGAAAUUCAAUCACGUCCAGCCAAUGCGCAAAUCAUGCUUCUUCAACAAGCCAUUUCCGGUUACGUCGUCGGCUGGCCCUGCCAUCUGCCAUGUUCUCCGCCUCAGGUCCGCUGACUUAUACAAAGUAGGUAAGGAAACACACCAAGAGGCUUGCAUACCGUUCCUUCAAUCGGAAGCCAGUGGGAUUAUUGAAAAGCUUUGAACGCUGGGAGUGGUAACCACUUUGGUCAAGAUUCGCAUACACCGUUGCGGUCUAUGUACGAUUCAAAUUUGCAGGGCCCGUUCUAGCUUCUAGGUUUGUUGAAAUCAGUUUCAUACUUCUUUCUACCUUUUCCUGGUUUCCCUUCUUCGAUGUCCACUCCCUUUUUAUUAGCCUCUUUGUCUUUGUCUUAGCCUUAUCCAAACUUCUUCAUCAUGACGGCUGCGGAGCAUGAAACCGUUGACAAGUUACCUUUCACUGCUGUGGCCGCCCCAGGUUCUUAUCAAAGCGCUGAAGAUGGAACAGUUGGGAUGGAGAUAGGGAGUGCGCCAUCAAAUCACGUAUUUCAUGCGCAUCAAAAGGAUACAGGACCACCUGCGACAAAGAAAGAACUUUGGUCAUACUAUGCAUACUAUGCAGGGAAUAAUGGAAUUGGCUCUUUUCAAUACUCGAAUCUUCUCUUUCAAAACUUGAUAUACCAAGCCGCUUUCAACCCCAACGUCCUGCCAUUGGGCAGUGCGCCUUGCGGCGAUGAUACUCCUUGCCAUGUCUUUUGGAAUGGAGGGACAAAAGCAUAUACAUCGGUGGUGUUGAUAGCAUCAGGAUUGACAUUCGUUUCGCAAGCUGUACUGUUCCUCACCAUUGGAAGUUUGGCAGAUUUCGGUAAUUGGAAUCCAUGGGUUGUGAGACUGUUUUCCCUUAUUACAUUCGCCUUUGAAUUCGGGUUUUUGGGAGUACAAUAUGCACACCAAUGGAGAAUCGCCAUGGCUCUCUACAUUAUCAGCAGUGUUACUUGGUGGUCUUCCUAUGUUUUCUUCAACGCGAUCUUUCCCAAACUUGCCCACGACCUUCCCGAAGUUCAUAAAGCGAGAGAAGAUUAUGCGCAAGGCACAUUGACAGAAACAGAAUACGAAGACAAGUGCUCAAUGGCAAGAUCCAAGGUUAUGAAUGUAAGUUACGGAUGGAAUAAUGUUGGAUUCACAAUCUGUGGAGCUUUAGCAUUAGCAGCCUUGGCAGGAAUCGGUGCGAAUGAUUCUACACAAAAGAACAAUUGGGGAUACUCUGUCUCUGUCGCUGUCACUACGGGAUGGUGGAUUAUUCUUGCCAUUCCAUGGUUCAUCUGGGAAAAGAAGCGACCUGGACCACCUCUACCCAAGGGUGACAAUUACCUUACCUUCGGUUUCAAACAAACCUUUUUCGCCGCAAAGCAAGUAUGGAAGUUGAGACAAACUUUCUUCUACUUGAUUGCAUUUUUCCUAUUGGCAGAUGGAGUCGCUACAGUACUUACACUCGUCUCAAUCGCACAAACGCAAGUUGUCGAAUUCUCCGCGACGCAAAAUACCUAUCUCAUCAUGGUUCAAGGUGGUUCAACUACAGUCGGAGUCUUCGGUGCCUAUUAUCUUCAAGAAAAGUUCAAGAUCCGUACCAAAACCAUGCUUCAAUUUUGCAAUUGUGGUUGUGUAAUCAUUGCGCUUUGGGGAAUGAUAGGUCUCUGGACUACCAAGUUUGGUUUCCAUAACGAAUGGGAGUUUUGGCUCUUUCAAGCACAAUAUGGAAUCACCCUCGGUGCUCAAUAUCCAUACGGACAAGCAUUCAUGGCAGAAUUGGUACCUAAAGGCAGAGAAUAUUUGUUCUUCAGUCUUUUGGGUAUUGUUUCCAAAGGGUCAGCGUGGAUUGGGCCCAUUGUUUCGAGUGCUAUUGUUGAUCGCAAUGGCAGUGAAUGGGCAGCAUUUCCUUUCGUGGCAGCAUUGAUAUUUGUUCCUACGAUUGCAAUCUUUUGGAUUAGUGAGUCGAAGAGUAGAGUUGAAUGCGCAGAGUAUUUAGAAAGAGAGAGGUCGGAUUUACAAAAGAUUAGAGAUAAUGAUCUGAACAUGGGCAGAUCUGAUUCUACGGAGAGUAGUAGAGGAUUAGAUAAGUCGACAUAAAAGGGCAAACGGUUUGGGGCUAUGAUGAUGAUUUCUACAUGUUGAUGCAUUCUACAGAGCACUUAUUUACAUUUAAAGAUAUAGUUUAGAUUUUAAUUUGAUUUACGGACAUGUCUAGACCGACAUUAUUUUCAUUCAUUGAACAUGAACAUGAACAUGUACCGGUAUAUGAGCACACUACAAUGUAUCAGGUAUAAGGAUUCGAAUCCUAUUCCUACCUUACCCA